CUGUUCAGGCCCUGCUCCCCGCCUGUGCGGGCGCCGGCCGGCGGUGCCCGGGCCGGGAUGCGCUCCAAGAGGCUCACCACAGAACCUCCAUGUAUAACAGAAGAAAUGUUAGAAGAAUGCCUAGCCACAGAUGAUAUGCUUGUGGAUUACUUUAAUGAAUUUUUGAGUCUUCCGACUUUUGCCCAGCCAGUCAAGUUUAACUCUGAUGCUGGGGCUUUUGAAGUAGUUAAUUAUGCCCCACAACGCCUGGAAAGCCAACCAAAAAAAAAUCUGCAUGAUCAAAAACCUCCAAGCUUCAUUUAUGAUGUUCUAAGCAAAGAAAAGAAUGAUGGGCAGCUCUCCAAAAUGCACAGGGUUUCUUCAAUCUUCAGUAUUGAUCCAAAUUACAACACUAUGCAACUCAAUCAAGAACAAGCAAUUGAGUGGAUUAAGAAAGAAAGGCUUCCAGCAUUUCUAGAAAGUGACUGUUACUUUGAAUACAGACUAGCUAAAUUGAUAUCACAGGUAGAAUGGAGCAAGACUGGCAUUAAUUUCAUUAUAGAUAGUGACUACUCUCCCUGGAUAAGGAAGCAAAUCCCAAGUACUCCCCCUCCUGAGGAGGAUGACUCUUCAUUGACUUCAUUGACUAUGAAGAAGUUCUAUGUAUCACUUGGAGAGGCUACGGUUUCUCAGGUAAAGGAUUGGUUUACAUUGGCAAAACAAGGGGAUUCUGUGAAAACUACAGAUUCAUCUAUGCAUCCUAUAGUUUCUAGUAAAAUUCAAGAUACUCAGCAUUUUCCUGGGCAGCAUAAAAGAGAUGAAUCAUUACCUGAAAACGGUCCCAUUUUGGGGAAGGCAUCUGCAAAAGCUGAUGUUACCAGUGAGAGAUCCAGAGAGGCUGAGGAAGGCUGCUCUGUGGCCGUUGCUGCCCCUCCCUCCCACACAUGGUCAAGAGUUUAUCUAGACCCAAAAUGGCACAGUGCAGCAAAAAAGGAAAAUGAACAGGGAAGCACAACUUUUCAGAUAGCAGAAGAAUUCAUACCAGCAUCCUCUCGAAUUGCAAUGAAGGAACCCAUUUCAGAACUGACCCACCAGCCAGCUGCUGACAUUGAAGUCUUGGACUCCAAGGAAGAUGUAAGAAAACAAGGUCCUGAUGAAGUAAGCUUAAGUUCUGAAAGUGUUGGGCCAGACAGCAGGGCUGCCUGGUGUCUUAGUCACAGGACUUACGACACUGGCAACAGACAUGAGUUUGAAAGAUUCAAGAAGUUCAUUAAAGGAACACUUGGGGAGAGGUACUGGUGGCUCUGGAUGGAUAUUGAAAGACUAAAGGCUCUUAAAAACACUACAAGGCAACAAAGGCAACUCAGCAAGAUGAAAAAACUGUACCUGUUGAGCAGUGGAGACUAUUUCCUUAGUUCAGAAGUGUUGCUCAGACUUGAACUACUGCAUGGAGAGCAGUGGAAUAUAAUGCAUUUAAGAAGGAUUCAGCCUGAAGUACUGAAACCACUACUUCUUUACUGGGGUCCCAGAUUUUGUGUUGCUCAUUCAACAGCAAUAGAUGCUGCCAGUGCAAAACUGAAGUUCUGGCACACAUGUCAAGAGAGACCAAGACUGGACAUUGAUCCUUUCCCACAAAUAGUGUCAUUGUUACCAUUGUUCCAGAAGUCUGACCUACCACCUUCCCUUCUUCAGGGGAAAACUGCUGCUGGCAGCACUGUCUACAGGGGACCAGGAAUUGAAAGCAUGCUACAGUCUCUUUAUUUGGAGAACAGAGCAGGCUACUACUUCACACAAUUCUGUGAGAACUCAGGCAAUAAGUUGUGGAAGAACUGCGUGUACUUUUGGUUCGAUCUACAGGCUUAUCAUCAGCUUUUUUACCAAGAAACCCUUCAACCUUUUCAAAUAUUCCAGCAAGCUCAAUUCCUUUAUGCAACUUACAUUGCUCCAUCUGCCAUCAUGGACACUGGACUUCAUCAGAAUAAGAAAAAUAUGAUUUAUCACAAAAUUCAUCCAGCUUUUGAAGAUGUUUUUGACCCAGCAGAAGAACAUAUCCUCACUAUUCUGCUGGAACCUUGGAGGAAGAUGGUGGAAGCAGACAAGUCCAGUUAUAGAAAGGUGGAGUUGGUGGAAGAAACUCAACAGCUGGACUCCGUGUACUUUAGAGAGCUCCAGGCUUUGCAUCAAGUGAGUAUUUCCAAGAAGGAUGAGAGUACCGUUGCUGGCACGGGGCCUCUCAAAGAAGAUGAGGACUUGCAUCAAGCUCCCAAAGAAUUGGCAGGUUCUAAUCUAUCUGACCUGAUCCAUGACAAAGAGAAGUUAGAACAGUUCCGGGCUUUUCUUAAUAAGCAUUCUGCUAGCAUGGAUCUCAUGUGCUGGCUAGAUAUUGAAGAGUUCAAAAAGACACUCAACAAGGAUAAAGAAAAAAGUGAUGAAAAAUCUAAAGACAUUAAAACCAAGUACUUAAACAACAAGUACUUCUUUGGACCCAACAGCCCAGCUACCAGAAAACAACAAGAAAAGCUAAUGCAUUCAGGUGGAGGAAGGAGACAAAGCCUUCAUGAUCAACUUUCGGCAGCGGUUCUGCUAGAAGUUCAGCAAUGCGUCCAGAAGAGAUUAGAAAAACAAUGGCUGCCAUUGUUCCUGGCAGAUGCACACCAUGGGGCUGAGGGACAAGCAAAGGUAAGGGACAUAACUGAAGAUCUUUCACGCAAAGACCAGCAAAAGACAGCCACCACGUGGAAACAUGUGGACAAUAAGAGUGUUUCUUCAUCUAGUGAAAUUGCUUUCCGCAAAGCGCUGUUGGAUCCAGUGACAGCAAAUCUGUUUCAACGCUUUGUGGCCCUGAAGGGAGACCUACUGGGGAAUGGAGUGCUCUUUUGGCAAGAGGUGCAAAAGUAUAAGGACUUGUGCCAUUCUCAUUGUGCUGAUGCCCUAAUUCAGAAAAAGAUCACAGCUAUUAUUGACUGCUUUAUUAAUUCUGCCAUACCCCCAGCUUUGCAGAUUGACAUCCCACCUGAACAAGCAAAGAAGAUUGUGGAGCGCAGGAAAGAGCUAGGACCUUACAUUUUUAGAGAAGCACAGAUGAGUAUUUUUGCUCUUCUGUUUAAAUUCUGGCCAGAAUUUUGUAAGCUCCAAAGCAAUCCAAAUAGUGAGAAAAUUCUAGUUGCCUUGGAGAAAAAAAAGGACAAAGAGAUGCGAAAGAAGGAAGGGAUAACAGCAAAGCAUUCACAGGGUAAAGAAGCGGAGAGAAAACUCACAAACUUGGCUCAACUUAAGUCUUUGACUCAACUUAAGUCCUUGACUCAGACUGGGUCCUUGACUCAGCUUGGGCUCUCGACUCAGCCUGAGCCCUUGACUCAGCUUAAGCCCUUGACUCAACUGCCAAGGAGUGUUUUGCUAGAACAACUUGAUGUGAAGAGAAAAUCAGUAAUAUCUUUAGCAUCUAAUGAUGGACAUGGGAGGAAGGCUUCCUGGACCUAUUCCAAGUACAUAGAAGCUUUGGAGCACGAAAGAAUACUCAUUAAAAGGCAAGAAGAUCUGGAGAAAACCUCAUCAUCAUUCCCUUCAGGUUCCUUGUCUAUGCCCUCCCUGAAACCUGAAAGUUCUGUGAAAGCCACCAUUCCUAUAAAGCAGAAACCCUGAAUCUUCCCAAGAAGCAGGAAGCACAUUAACAUCUCUCUGAGGAAGGGAAUGCAAAUUCAUUCAAUGGAGUGGCCAGGAGACACAAAUGUAAUGUGCAUGCAGGUUUGUUCUUACAAUUCUAGAGCAAAGAUGAUGACUUGGAAUAUUUUUAAGAACCAUGAGAUGAAGGGUAGAAAAUAAACAACUUACAGUGUGUUCCAUAUAAACCUGAUCAUGA